AUGCAAACAAGAGCGUGGGUGGUGGUGCUCGGCCUCGCCAGCGUCGCGUCGGCCGCGUGCCCGUACGCGACCGUGCUCGCAAAGGAAGUGAUCGUCGCUGACAGCAACUGCGGCAGCCAGCAGUGGUGCGUCGUGCGCUCGUCCGACUGCGCGAUGCUCAACUUCACGUACAAAGCGUCGUACGACAUGUUCACCAACUUUCAAGCCCUCGGCAAUUUGGCCAACUACCCCAACCCCGACCUGUGCGACGCUCUAUAUCGUACAUCUUUCACUCACGGUUCAAAACACGUCGACGAUCGACCUCACGAAAAUGGUGCUGCCCAAGACGCUUGA